GAGCUUUGGGCACACGAGGCAGAAGCGAACAGAGCCUUCCAAGACAAGGCGGCAAAGGGCAACAGAGGAAGGCAGACGAUCAACCUCGCAAGAGAGGGAGAGAUGGUGACCCCCAGACUGGGUCCUUCCCUUGGGCUCCUCAGCUGGUGCUUCCUUGCAGCUGUCGCUUCUGCUCAGGAUGAGGUGACGUUGCAAGUGACAACGAAGGCGCCAGGACUUCUGGAUUCCCCACCAUGCUCUGGCACUGAGCUAUCCGGCCCAGGUUGCCCUCGCCGAAAAAAAUCAGCCACCUUGGUGCCCUCUUUUACCAAAACAACCAUGCACUAUCCCACCACCACACAUCACCAUAUUACCAACCACACCACGGGGCCAGCCAACCACACGACAGCCCACGCCACCAAUCACAGCACUCCGCCUCACCCCACGGCCCACCACUCCACAGCCCAUCCCACCAGACACCCCACAGCCCAUCCCACCAGACACUCCACAUCCCAUCCCACCAAUCACACCACAGCCCACCACCGCCCCACAGCCCCCGCCAAUCACACCACACCCCACCUUCACACCACAGCCCCACACCCAACGCAGGUGCCCUUUGUGCCCAUGGGCGAUUACAUGGUUCGGCGUGGCUCAGUCCUGUGUCUGCACGUGCAAGCAGGGCUGGAGCUUCAGGUGCACUAUACGGGCCAGGCAAAGCAGCAGCUCUGGGGAGCCUUUGCCGUGCAGUCCAACCGCACCCGUGUUUCUGGAAACUGCUCCAACCAGACAGCCACCCUUGACCUGCAUUUCCCAGAGGGCUACCUUCUCUUCACUUUCAAAAAGAAUGAAACUGGAAAUAUAUUCUACCUGGGUCAGGUGCAGGCCAACCUGACGUACCAAUUCCAUCAUGCAGUAGAGACAUCCUUUGGAGCUGAUAAUGCCUCUCUCCAUGAGUUCAAGGCCAGCCUUGGACACUCCUACCAAUGCCGGAAUCGCAGCCUAAUCCUCGCUGAAGGCUUCCGUCUCAAUGCCCUGAAAGAACGCGUUCAGGCCUUUGAGUUUCAAGGUGGAGAAUUUGGAGAAGCCGAGGUCUGUCCGGAGCAGAGACGCUCCCUCUUCCUGCCUAUCAUCAUUGGGGUCGUCCUCCUCCUCCUGAUCCUCAUCGUCAUUGGGGCCUUUGUACUGGGACGAUGGCGUAGCCACAGGGGGUACCAAACCAUUUAAGGAGAAGCCUCCACCUUCACAAAACAUUUCCACAGCUCCAGCUGGGCCAAAGGAGAACUGAGAACAGGAUUUCUCUCUGUCCUGCAACAGCUAUCUGGGUCAGAGGGGUGCCUCUGGACUCAGUUCUGCUCCUCCAACUCCCGACUUGCUAAAUUCACACCUGUUUGUUGCUUGAACUGCCACUUCACCUGAGAUAGAACUGGAGGAGCAAAAGGCCAAGAUGUUUUCUUUACAGUUUUGGUAUGUGAAUAACAUCUCUUUGUUACAGGGGAUCUGAAUCCCAUGUCCAUUCAGACAGAGCAAGGAAAGAUUGGGGAAUUCAACAAAAGGAUUACAUAUGGAGACCUCACUCAGGAUGGGGUUGGGGGGCCAAGGCAUUGCUUUGGGAGCAAGGGGCAAUUGUAAAAGAACGCACAGGCCUGUCCAACGCACGUUUACUCAGAAGCCAUUCCCAGCUAUUUGGCAGCAAUUCUAGCAAUGCUACCUGGGAAUAAACUCAAUGUGAAAAAGUGGAGCUUACUUAAGAACAUAAGAACAUAAGAAGAGCCUGCUGGAUCAGGCCAGUGGCCCAUCUAGUCCAGCAUCCUGUUCUCACAGUGGCCAACCAGGUGCCUGGGGGAAGCCCGCAAGCAGGACCCGAGUGCAAGAACACUCUCCCCUCCUGAGGCUUCCGGCAACUGGUUUUCAGAAGCAUGCUGCCUCUGUCUAGGGUGGCAGAGCACAGCCAUCACAGCUAGUAGCCAUUGAUAGCCCUGUCCUCCAUGAAUUGGUCUAAUCUUCUUUUAAAGCCAUCCAAGCUGGUGGCCAUUACUGCAUCUUGUGGGAGCAAAUUCCAUAGUUUAACUAUGCGCUGAGUAAAGAAGUACUUCCUUUUGUCUGUCCUGAAUCUUCCAACAUUCCGCUUCUUUGAAUGUCCACGAGUUCUAGUAUUAUGAGAGAGGGAGAAGAACUUUUCUCUAUCCACUUUCUCAAUGCCAUGCAUAAUUUUAUACACUUCUAUCAUGUCUCCUCUGACCCGCCUUUUCUCUAAACUAAAAAGCCCCAAAUGCUGCAACCUUUCCUCGUAAGGGAGUCGCUCCAUCCCCUUGAUCAUUCUGGUUGCCCUCUUCUGAACCUUUUCCAACUCUAUAAUAUCCUUUUUGAGAUGAGGCGACCAGAACUGUACACAGUAUUCCAAAUGUGGCCGCACCAUAGAUUUAUACAACGGCAUUAUGAUAUCGGCUGUUUUAUUUUCAAUACCUUUCCUAAUUAUCCCUAGCAUGGAAUUUGCCUUUUUCACAGCUGCCGCACACUGGGUUGACAUUUUCAUCGCGCUGUCCACUACAACCCCGAGGUCUCUCUCCUGGUCGGUCACCGCCAGUUCAGACCCCAUGAGCGUAUAUGUGAAAUUCAGAUUUUUUGCUCCAAUAUGCAUAAUUUUACACUUGUUUAUAUUGAAUUGCAUUUGCCAUUUUUCCGCCCAUUCACUCAGUUUGGAGAGUUCUUUUUGGAGCUCUUGGCAAUCCCUUUUUGUUUUAACAACCCUGAACAAUUUAGUGUCAUCAGCAAACUUGGCCACCUCACUGCUCACUCCUAAUUCUAGGUCAUUAAUGAAAAGUACAGAACUUCCUCUCUCGUUACCACUAUUUGUCUUAGUUCCUCAGAAUCCCUUCCUGCAAAUGUUAGUUCAGGUUCAGGGAUCUGCCCUAUAUCUUCCACUGUGAAGACAGAUGCAAAGAAUUCAUUUAGCUUCUCUGCAAUCUCAUCGUUCUUUAGUACACCUUUGACUCCCUUAUCAUCCAAGGGUCCAAUUGUCUCCCUAGAUGGUCUCCUGCUUUGAAUGUAUUUAUAGAAUUUUUUGUUGUUGGUUUUUAUGUUCUUAGCAAUGUGCUCCUCAAAUUCUUUUUUAGCAUCCCUUAUUGUCUUCUUGCAUUUCUUUUGCCAGAGUUUGUGUUCUUUUUUAUUUUCUUCAUUUGGACAAGACUUCCAUUUUCUGAAGGAAGACUUUUUGCCUUUUUAAGUCCCUCCUGGGGCACGGUAUCACCACCCACAACGAUUCUGUGGGAGUCUGCCUCUUUUGGGGUUUCGAGCUUGCUGGAUUCAAUGCCUUCUUUCACGUAUAGAGCAACUCCACCACCAAUACGUCCUUCCCUGUCCUUCCGAUAUAGUUUAUAUCCAGGGAUAACCGUAUCCCACUGGUUUUCUCCAUUCCACCAGGUCUCGGUUAUGCUCACUAUAUCAAUGCUCUUCUCUAAGACCAAGCACUCCAGUUCUCCCAUCUUGGUUCGGAGGCUCCUAGCAUUAGUGUACAGGUACUUCUGAGUAAAUGAGUGUAAGAUCCACUGUUUGGAGAGUUUUUGUGUUGACCAUGCAAAGUAUCAUCUGAAUCUGAGACUGCCCACUCCACCCUGCCACUCAUAUGAAGAACUGGGGCAUAUACUGUAAAUCUUCCAAAAUGUUGCAGUUUUCUUGUGCCCUCCCAGUUUGUUCCUUGAGCCAUUCCAUUUGUUCUGCUUUGUGAGUCCUUUAGGGGACUUGUGUCACCCCCUCCACUUCGUAUGCAAGUUGCUUUCAUCCUGAGCUCUUGAGAUGGGGCACCCUAUCGCCCCCAACUAAAUAGAUCGAAUAAAUCAGUUGGAAUUGUU